AUGUUUGCUGAGCGCCCCCCAUCCCCACCAGAGCCCCCCCAUCCCCACCGGAGCCUCCCCAUCCCCACCAGAGCCCCCCCCAUCCCCACCAGAGCCCCCCCCAUCUCCACCAGAGCCCCCCCCAUCCCCACCAGAGCCUCCCAACCCCACCAGAGCCUCCCCAUCCCCACCAGAGCCCCCCCCAUCCCCACCAGAGCCCCCCCAUCCCCACCAGAGCCCCCCCCAUCCCCACCAGAGCCCCCCAUCCCCACCGGAGCCUCCCCAUCCCCACCAGAGCCUCCCCAUCCCCACCAGAGCCCCCAUCCCCACCAGAGCCCCCCAUCCCCACCAGAGCCCCCCAUCCCCACCAGAGCCCCCCAUCCCCACCAGAGCCCCCCAUCCCCACCAGAGCCCCCCCAUCCCCACCAGAGCCCCCCCAUCCCCACCAGAGCCCCCCCAUCCCCACCGGAGCCCCCCCAUCCCCACCAGAGCCCCCCCAUCCCCACCAGAGCCCCCCCAUCCCCACCAGAGCCCCCCAUCCCCACCAGAGCCACCCCAUCCCCACCAGAGCCCCCCAUCCCCACCAGAGCCCCUAUGGGACCUGAUCAAAAAACUGAAGAGCAUCCAUCCAGCUGGACGCACUGGGACCCUUUGGUGUCCGGCCACAGUUACUGGGACCCUUUGGUGUCCGGCCACAGUUACUGGGACCCUUUGGUGUCCGGCCACAGUUACUGGGACCCUUUGGUGUCCGGCCACAGUUACUGGGACCCUUUGGUGUCCGGCCACAGUUACUGGGACCCUUUGGUGUCCGGCCACAGUGCUCAUUGA